GGUCAAAUUUGGGCUUCUCCUCUUUUUCUCGAUGUUCGUCUCCUCUCGCCCCACUCGCCGCCGCCGCCGCGGCCGCCGCCGUCCCCGCAGCCGCCACAUGCUCGUCUCGAAGAGGCCUCGACCACAUACGCGCGUCCUCCUCUUCCAUAUUCCCUGCGUCGGAAGAAGAAGCCGUAACUGUUCUCACUUCUCCGGCAGCGCCGCAGCCUACCCUUCCUUUGCCUCCGACUCCGACGCGCCUGCUACGGACGAGCUCCCUUCCGCAUCAGUAUCUGUAUCCACUUCCCAUGCAACUCACUGUCUCUCUCUGCUUCAUCGCCUCCUUCUCCGGGGCAUGCUCUCCGCUGCUCGUUCCGUCCUCAACCGUACAGUCGCCGGGUUGGCCAUCCCAGACGCAGAGUCCUCCAUCCAACUCGCUGCCUCCUUCGGAAUAUCUCCCGAGUACGGCCGAAUCCUACGAUCCUUGGUUUCCUCUGGCCAGUUCCUGAAGGCCAAGGCUCUUUUCACUCACUCCACAGGCGGCAAACUACCCGAAGAUCCCUCCGUGCUCGAUGCUAUGAUGGAAUGCUUAUGCAAGCUAGGAAAGCUUGUGGAUUCCAAGCUUCUGCUGGACCACAUGAUAAAAAUUCGAUCUUUGCCGUCGAAGAGGACGUACAUUGCCUUGCUGCGAUUGCUCUGCGCAGAAGAAAAGUUCCUGGAGGCUCUGGAUCUCUUCGUACUUAUGGAUGGUGCUUGUGUUUUCCCAGACCUAUCAGGUUAUACAGCAUUGAUCUACGGGUUGUGCUCAAAGGGGCAUUUCGCUCAGGCACGUCAGCUGUUUGAUAAAAUGGUCAGCAGGAGCUUGAGACCUUCUGCCCACAUGUGCAAGACCUUGUUUUACGGACUUUGCAAGGGAGGUAAUAUUGUUGAGGCCGAACAUGUAUCCAUAGUGAUGGAGUCCCAUGGUCUCCAUUUGGACCGUGUGAUGUGUUCCACCCUUGUUUCUGCAUACUGCAAGGAGGGAAGACUGGAGUCGGCGCUGGUCAUUUUUGAGACAAUGAAGGAGCAUGUCUUCUCGGAGCCUGAUGUAUAUUCCUACAAUACCCUGAUACAUGGCUUGUUGAGGCUUGGCUAUGAUGUUUCGGCAUGGAAGCUCUAUGAUGAAAUGAUAAUGACAGGCUUGAAACCUAACGCAGUUACUUAUGGUAUACUGAUCAGUUGGUACUGCAAGAACCAGAAAGUGGAUUGUGCUCUGAGGCUUCUUGAAACAGUGCUUGGGUGUGGUUUAACUCCUAAUAUCCAAUGCUACACGGCCUUGAUAACGGCUCUUUGCAAGUCAAACAGAUUGGUAGAUGCUGAGCAUUUGUUCGAUAGAAUGUUGGAGAGUGAUCUCGUACCAGAUCAUUUAAUGCUUGUUUUAUUAUCUCAAAGUUUUCCCAAAAGUCAUGGAUUUGCAAUCAUUAGCAAGACUCUGCAGGCUAUGGCUAAGACAGAUAGUAGUGGAAAAUUUAGAAAUUCAUCCAUAUUAUUUGGUUCUAGCUUAGAUGAGAAAUCACUUAAAGAACUAGAACUUAUAUUUGAUGAGAUUGUGAAACUUAAUGUGCUUCCCGUUGAUGUAGCUUUUAACAUAGUGAUAAGCACUAUGAGCAGAGAGGUAAGGUUUGAUGCUGCUUAUUGUUUGUUGGACAAAAUGGUUAGUUAUGGUUGUGAACCUUCAAUUUUCACGUACAAUGUUCUUCUAAAAUGCCUAUGUAGAGAGAACCAGAUGGAGAAUGUUAGACUGCUCCUAGCUUUAAUGAAGAGUAAGGGAGCGGUUUGGAAUUUGGUUACAUACUCUGUUCUGAUAAAUGCAUAUGGGAAGCUUGGGGACAUACACUCUGCUUUUGAUUUUUUUAAUCAGAUGAUUGACCAAGGUAUUGAGCCUAAUGUUAUUGUCUAUGAUCCAAUAAUCAGGUGCCUAUGCAGAAUGCGAAGAUUCAGGGAGGCUGAGCUUGUAUUUGGAAGAAUGAUUGAAACUGGAGUAACACCUGAUGAAGUAGCCUAUGUUAAUCUUAUAAAUGGUUACUCAAAGAUUGGAAAGAUUAAUGACGCUCGUUAUUUUUUUGAUGAGAUGUUGCGAUGUGGUUUUUGUCCAGGCUCACAUGCCUACAGCACCCUUAUAAAUGGAUUAACAAAGAAAAAUAUGUUCAUAACAGCCUGCAAAUAUCUGGACAAGAUGUUGGAAGAUGGAUUUGUGCCAAAUAGGGUUCUCUACACAAUGCUAAUUAAUCAGCUCUUUAAGAAAGGUCAGGAGAACUUUGCCUUAUAUCUAGUUGACUUGAUGGUGAGAAACCAGAUUGAACCUGAUAUAGUGACUUAUGGCUCAUUAACAAAUGGGAUUUGCAGAAACAUCCUACGUCAACAAAGAAUACAGCCUUACUUAGCUCAUAAAUUAAAAGAAGGUUGGCAUAUGCUUUUCAGAUUGCUAUCUCAGAAAAACGAUUUCCUAAGGAAAACAAAACGCUGUGAUUGCUGCCAAUCAGCAGAAAAAAAGGUUGAAUAUGCAUUAGAUAUAAUGCGAGCUCUUGUGGACAAUGGGAUGAUGCCAGAUCUUCAUUUUUAUAAUGGUAUACUCAAUGGACUAUGUAGAGCUAAAAUGAUCCCAGAUGCUUAUGAUUUGGUUUCAUUGAUGCAGAAACUUGGUGUUAUUCCUAACCACAUAACUUAUACAAUUCUAAUGAAUGGCCACUUCAGAUCAGGUGAAACUGAUUAUGCUAUUCUGCUAUUUAACAAGAUGAGCCAAGAAGCACAUGUUCUAGAUGAAUUUGUUUACAAUACAUUGAUUAGGGGACUUUCUGGGGCUGGGAGAAUCACUGAAGCACUUUCUGUUGUAAAAAUGAUGCAAAAAAGAGGCCUUUUUCCAAACAGGAAAGCUUAUAACAGACUAGCUGAAUCUCUAUCUCUUACUUCCACUAAACUUGCUGUCAAACUGCUAGAGGAGAUGCUUUCUCAUGGCUAUUUUCCACGUUAUAGCAAUUACAAUAAGUUGCUGUGGACUCUCUCUGAUAAUAACUUGUUCGAGGCUCAUAGAGUUUUUGCUAUGAUGUUGAAAAGAGGAAAAAAACCAGAUCGAGAAACAAAGAGACAUUUGGUUGACAAGUGUUGUCAGAGUGGGCAAUUUAACAUGGCUUUUGAGAUUGAGGAGAACAUGGUCAUCUACGAAUAUUGAAAUUCAUUCAGAGCAUGGCUUCCUAAGCCCCAGAGGUUCUCCGAUGAUGCUUGAAAACUUUAAAUCAGUUGCUUGUUUUGUGCCUUCUAGUAAUCUUUUGAGAGGUAUAACCAUUGCUAAUAAUUACCAUGCAAAUGCUAGUGAUAAUUAGCUUGCAUACUAUCCGGUUAGUGAUUGAAUAACCCUGAAGCACUCUUUCGCAAUGAAGAACUCAAGAUUUUUCUUGUUUGAAGGAUUGUUGCAACUACGCAAAUUUGGACAGCAAAGAAACUUGCAGUGGUGUACUUAAAUGAAUUGAACUAUAAAUUAAUGAAACCGUAGGUUUUGAAAGAGGUUGCAUAGAUGGGUGUUUUGAAAAGAGGUCUAGGCGGCUCUGGAGGGGAGGGGAUCUCAGACAAAAUUCUUCAUAAAUUUCUCUUCUUCUACUAUUGCAAAGCGGUGAAUUUUUCCUCUCACAGUGAGGAGUUGAACAAGAAGAGCAGAACACUUAUGGUUGGAUUAGGCAUGAAUAUAUGUACAACUCUGAUUUCAUAGGCAUCAAAUUGUAUUUGUCCUUACUAUACGACUCUUAUCUCUCCAUUGGCCUCUGUGCAAUGCUGUAUAUACAUACAAAGGCAAUGUACUACAUUGUCGUCAUCGGCGGCGGCAAUUUGGGAACAGCUACAAGGAGAAUGAAUACGAGAACUCGGACAGCCUUCCUGCCUAAACUAAAUUG